CUUAGGAAUCCUCAAAAAUGAAUGCAAAUCCAAUUUCAGAUUCAGACAUGGCCCUUCUUCAGUACAUACAAAAUUAUCUUUUAAAUGAUUCUGAUGAUUUCCCUGUUGACAACUAUAAAGAAAUAAGUUCAUCCGACGAAGAAAUUUGCCGCCAAAACUCAAGCUUCAACAGUUCAUUUUUUGCAGAAAGCCCUGGAAUACUAAUAUUUGAUGAUAGAUUAUCAUGCUGUGAUGAGACUGUGGCAGAAGAGUCGGAAUCUGUCCGUGGAAUCAACGUGCCACCAGAGUGGAAGCGGUACAUAGGCGUGAGGCGGCGGCCGUGGGGGAAGUUUGCGGCAGAAAUAAGGAAUCCCUCCAAGAAAGGCUCAAGAAUUUGGCUGGGCACAUAUGAGACGUCAGAGGAUGCAGCAUUGGCUUAUGAUCGGGAGGCUUUCAAGUUCCGUGGCCCAAAAGCUCGGCUUAAUUUUCCACAUCUUAUUGGCUCCAAAGUAUCGAAGCCGGUUGAAGUGACAGAAAAACGUAAGCAAUCUUCGGAGGUUAUGUUAUCGUUUUCAUUGCUGGAAAAUGUUGGAACAAAGAAGAUGAAAAUUUUCUCAAACA